UUCCAUAUGACAUGUCAUCCAUAUUAAUGCAUCGUGUUGUUUUUAGCCUAACGCUCCCCUGGACUCGCACAUCUACUCGCGAGAUUCCGCCCCGAACACGACCCGUCUCGAGGCCAUCCUGAGCUCCAUCCUCAAUGGGCCGUCCCUGACCUACGCCUCGGGCCUCGCCGCUUUCCAUGCCAUGCUCGUCCGGCUCAACCCGCGCCGCAUCGCCAUCGGCGACGGCUAUCACGGCUGCCACGGCGUAGCCGCCAUCAUGGCGCGACUCACCGGGCUGGAGAUCCUCACCCUCGACGAGGCCGACCUCGCCAAGCUCCAGCGCGGCGACGUUCUCCACGUGGAAACACCGCUCAACCCCACGGGCGAGGCGCGCGACCUCGCCCACUACGCCUCCGUGGCUCGUGCCAAGGGCGCCUUCCUCACCGUCGACGCCACCUUUGCGCCCCCGCCGUUGCAGGACCCGUUCGAGCUCGGGGCCGACGUCGUCAUGCACUCCGGCACCAAGUACUUCGGCGGCCACUCCGACAUGCUAUGCGGCGUGCUGGCCGUGGCGCCCGCCCGCGCGGCCGAGAGGGAGGAGAACGGGAACCCGCUCGCGGGGAUCCUCGGCAUCGAGAAGCUGCGCGAGGACCGCCUCCUCCUCGGCGGCGUCAUGGGCAGCCUGGAAGGGUGGCUGGGUCUCCGGUCGCUGCGCACGCUGGAGCUCCGCGUGCGCCGGCAGGCGGAGACGGCGACGCGGCUCGUGGCCUGGCUGGCGGGCGCGUCGGCACGAAAAAACGGGAGCAGCGUGGUGGCGGCCGUGGUGGACCGCGUGUCCCACGCCAGCCUGCAGGAGGGCGCGGCGGACGAGUCGAGCUGGUUGCGGCGUCAGAUGCCCGGCGGGUUCGGCCCCGUCUUCGCCCUUUACAUGCGCACUCGGGACCAGGCGAGGCGGCUGCCUUCCAAGCUGGCGCUGUUCCACCAUGCUACCAGCCUCGGAGGCGUCGAGAGCCUUGUGGAGUGGCGUCGGAUGACGGACCCCCGGUGCGACGAGUGCCUCAUUCGUGUGAGUAUUGGUGUCGAGGCGUGGGAGGACCUCCGUGAUGAUCUACUGCAGGGUUUCGAGGCCCUGGCGGCCGAGAAUGACAAGACCACUGAAGGGCCGAAGGAUGAUCUCCGCGGGGCUCUAGUUCGGUGAAGGCAUGCGGAUUAGUCGACCGUAGAAGGUGGGACAGAGGAUAGAUAGGUACCUUAGAUAAUGUGGAAAUGCGGUGAUCGACA